AUGCAAAGCCAGACAUGCGAUCAGAUCAAAUGCGACGAGGCGAAGCCAAAAUGCACUGCUUGUCAGACGUUCUCACUGGAGUGUGUAUAUGCCAAAGAACUCAGAUGGUCCAGCAAGCAUGAGUUUGCCGGUGAUGGGUCAUUACGCAAACGACGCCGGACCGGAAGUGCUUCUGCACCAGGUAGUGCUUCAGGACCACAACCUUCAUCUACGGGCCAAGGACUCAAUGCAACGUUCCAGACGUCCCCAGCGCCAGACCAAAUGGCCUCACAAGGAUCGGGCGGUGGGCUACGGUCGAGCGACGCUGUCGGUGACAUGACUGUAGACCCGCUAUGGCCUGACCUGGACGGGUGCAGCUACGAAGACUUGGGUCUUUCUGAUAGCCUACUUCUGGAGCUGGAUAUGCAGUACUCAAAUCAAGAGAUGAUGACCUACGGCUCACACCUUGGAGAUGACGCCUCGAUGGGAAAUGCGAACAUGCAUGGUGCACGCAACGGUUUCCGUAACGACACUCUUCCGAUGCCUUAUCCUCAUGACCGGGACUAUCACGAAGACCAGACAGCGGAUGAUGUGCAGGAUGCAAGACCAGCUGAGACCCUCCACCGGGCAGAAUCGACGUUACCUGGUAGUAAGAGCAGCCUGCUACAGACGUACUAUCGUCUAUCACGGCCCGGCCAAGUCAUUGGACUCACAGACGAGUCAUUCGUCGACUACUACUUCGAAAACGUAUGCUCUACUUUCGCGUGCUUUGACUCGGCCGCAAACCCUUUCCGCAGCGUUGUUGAGCAGACCUGGACGAACUCGGCUGCCUUAUAUCUCACCAUCCAGAGCACCGCAAUCGGGCACCUGGCCAACUACUAUCCAUAUCUGGCUCCUCUCGGGCUGGAGAAGCGAUCUCAAGCCUGGAAAUACCUACAGCGAGAUCUGCAGUCUUUCCGGAUUGGCAAGGUCUCUAGUGACACGAUCCUCUUGACAUUACUGCUGCUCGGCCUAUCGUCAGCAUGGCACCAAGCUUCGAACCUUGGAAUGCAAUAUCUGCUGAUUGCAAGAGAUCUUAUGCAGCGCCGCUUGCAAGGAGUCCAGAGCAGACCGGAGGGCACGGCGGGGCAAGCUGGUAUCCAUGAUGGCUUCUUCGAGCAUGCGUUGAUGUACUGGGAGAUGCUGGCGAGCUUCAUCGACCCGGUCCCAUUGGCACCCUUAUCAGGCAGGCUUCUUCUGCCGACUCCGGAGAGGCCGGAUGUGGCAUCGCCAGCGCAGGUCCAUCCUUGGACUGGAGUGGUCGCGGAAGUCCAUUUUGCCGUGGCAGAAAUUGGGCGGGUAAUGCGAAGGCGACGAGGUCGUGGUUCAGCAUUACGGUCCCCCGCCACCGCAAGUCCGAGUUCAUCUACUUCCGAAGGCCAGUGGGCUAAUGCUCUUGAGUGCUUCUUAAUUGACAUCGAGCUGCCUGCGGAUGAUGAGAUAUCUGACUAUAACGAUCUCAAGACACCAAAGGCUGAUUUGGUUGCUCUCGCGGACGCCUAUCGGUUCGCUGGUCUUCUCGAGAUCUAUACUCUCUUCCCGAACCUGUUGGAGGCUAGACUUGGUGCCGACGCCAGCAUUUUCGAUCCACUCGGCGCCAUGGCACAAGAGUCCCAGUCUGCAUAUGCUGACACCCAUGAGGUAUGGCGAGUUGCCAUGGCAGUGCACAUUUUGAACCUCAUAAAACCAAUCCCAAUCACAUCGGGCGGCUGUCGACUCAUGCCGCUCCUGCUUAUCAUCUCCGGGAGCCAGCUACGCUUUCCAGACUCUAGCUUGACACCGAGUGAUACCAUAUCAGCGCAACACAACGAGAUCAUACAGUCACGCUAUCUCGUCGAGGCGAGAAUGCUCGUACUGUCGAGGAAGUAUCCUCAACGUCCGUUACUUCAGAUGGUGGACAUCAUCAAAGAGGUAUGGCAGAGGCUGGAUAAUGGCGAUCAGAGUGCGCACUGGUUGGAAGUUGUGCAUGAGAUGGGCUGGCAGACGAUCAUGGGCUGA